AGCGAAUAUAUGGAAAUAUCUGAAAGCUCAGUUGAUGAUAUCAAAGACUAUGAAGAUAUAUCAUUUGCAACUGAGUCAUAUGAAAUAGGUCUUGAAAACUACGAAGAGGCCUCAUUUGAUGAAGCUUUUCAGGACUU